AUGGCCACUCGCACACAGUCUGCCACUACUAGCCAUCAUCAUUGCCGCUCUCAACGUGAAGGGUAUAUAAACCCUUCCCUUCGCCGAACGCCCACUGCGGCCGGGUUCGCCAGCAGCGAGCGUGUCCGUGACACCCCCUGGCAACAUAUGACCGAGACGUACACCUGGGUGCUGGAGCAGGAGCUCGCGAAACAGGACAGGCGCAACAAGAAGACAGAGAAAUGGGUCCUCGAGCAGCAGAUAUUCGUAGGGGAUGGAUUCGAGAGAGAUUGGUCCGCUGGCACGCGACAGAGAGACAAGGGGCGAUCGCGCAGGGUGUGGGAGGACAUGGUGCAUACUUACGGUGUAGAAGCGGAUAGGUGGAUGAGGCAGGAGGAGGAAGCCAGGCGAGUGGCGAUCGAACGCGAGAAGGCAAAGGCUCGGAUCCAGGAGGAGCUACGAAAGAUCGACGUACGCAUUCGGCAAAAACGCGAGGCAGAAAAGAGGAAGGCUGCAGAGGAGACUGCUAAAGCGUUUUCCUACUUCCGCGAACAGGAGCGCAAGGACCGCGCAAGGAGGGAACACGGAAUUGUAGAAGCUUGGAACAACUAUGAAGCACGAUGGGCAGCGAUCGCAACGUCUACGGAACCGCUCACGUUUUCGACCGUCGCUUGGCCACUGCUGGUACCGCCGAAGACACCCGAGGAUAUUACACCCACCGCGAUUAUGUCAUUCCUUCUCUCUCCAGCACACUCGCAGAACCAGACGCGCAAGGAUAGACUCCGCAACGCGCAACUACGAUGGCAUCCGGACAGGUUCCGUCGAUUGAUGAGGAAGGUCGCGGAGAAAGAUCAAGGGGCCAUUGAGGAGGGUGUUGGCAUCGUUGCACGGUGUCUCAACGACCUAAUGGCCCGUGAAAAAUCAGUAACCCGCUAG